AUGGCGGCGCCCUUCGACCAGAGGAUAGCUGUGCCUAUCGACGACCCUAAUGCUGAUACGGAAUGGAAUGAGAUCUUAAGAAAACACAAAAUCAUUCCGGAAAAGGAGCCCGACCCAAAUCCCAUGAUAGAGGAAGCAAUACUGGCAGCUAGGCAAAUCGCUCACGAGAAUCGCCUUGAAGGCAAGGACAUUGACGAGCUGAAGGAACUGGAGGAUGAGGAGGACGAGGCAUUUAUGGAGCACUACUUGCAGAAGCGGAUGCAAGAGCUCAAGGCCCUGUCGCAAAAGGCCGUCCACGGCAGCGUCUACCCGAUAUCGAAGCCCGAAUACCAAAGAGAGGUGACCGAUGCAUCAAAGGACAACAAAACGGUCAUGGUCAACCUGGUAUCGUCGCUGGGAUCGAACGUCGAGUCGCGCGUGCUAUCUGAUCUGUGGAGGCAGGCUGCCAAGGAAUACGGAGACAUCAAGUUUUGCGAGAUGCGGGCGGACCAGGCAAUCGAAGGUUAUCCAGACAAGAACUGCCCUACGAUAUUGGUCUACCGAAACGGUGACAUAGUAAAACAGAUUGUGACACUCAUGACUGUCGGCGGACCACGCAUGAGCAUGCUCGAUCUGGACAAUAUUUUGGUCGAGGUUGGGGCGGUUCCGGACACGGACAUGCGCGUGCUUCAAAGGCGGCGGCGAGCGGAGGACGCGGAAGAGGAAAGAUUAGCUGCUGGCGAGAGGAACAUAAAAAGCUCCAGGCCAGCGGAGAGUUUCCCAGACAAUUCAUUUGGGAAAGACACCCCCACAUUUCAACCAAUGGAAGACGAAAGCCAACCGUCUUUGCCCUCGUUUGCCGCACUCAAUAAUCAGCGGCUGAGGUUCAAUCAAGCGCCACCCGCUCAUCUCUUUACUGAUUCCAGCGAGCCGGCUGCCUUUUCCAGCGACGAUGAUCCGUCUCUGGAAACAUAUUCCCACCAUGGCCGUCGCAAGAAACGACGGAUAGGAUCAUGGUUUCACCAGUCCUCGCUGCAGCAGCUGUCAUCCGAUCCCCCGUUUCCUGAAUUUGUUGAGGGGGCCGCGUCGCGUCCAAAGGCCAUCGCUCCUGGCGCCCCAAGGCAACUCAAGCGGGACAUGGACAGUGGUGUUUGGCUGGCCAGUGAUGACACGGUUGACAAGAAAAUCACACCUGACGAGCCCGCAGCAGCAGAAGCACCGUCUCCUUUGGUUCCCCGUGUGGCCAGUGGCUUCCAUCGCUGUGCGAGUAUUCGCAAUAUCUCGCCCGAGGAGAGCCUGGCUCAGAAGAUCAUCCAGGAUUGCAUCGAGGAGGGUGAUGAAGACGUUAAUAUUGCGAGCUUGGGUCUUGAGAGCAUCGCUGCUUCAACUAUCCAACCGCUGUCCGGGUUUCAGCUAAUUCCUACCGUGGUCGAAGAUGUUCCGUUUGAGGCACGAGAUAUUAAACUGAAGCUGUACCUUGGAAACAACCGUCUUGCUAGAGUCCCGGCUAGCAUCUGUGAUCUGAGCUUUCUGACAGUUCUGAGUCUGAGGGGCAAUGGCUUGAAAGAGCUCCCUCCCGGAAUAUCUCAGCUGCGCAAUCUGGAGCAGCUAAACAUAGCCCAAAAUGCGCUGCGUUGGUUACCGCAUGAACUUCUUGAGCUGAUAAACACAAGUAAAAAGCUGGAGUUUCUCUCCCUUCACCCAAACCCAUACUGCCAGCCAGAAAGCAACAGACACGCAAGUCAGAUGCCGGAAUAUAAAACCAUAUCCUUCUCUCAGGGGCUUUCCAAGAGGGAUUCUUAUGCGACAUGGUCGACUUUCUCUGGAAUUGCGGGGAGCCAUGGUGGAUGCCUCGUCGCCAGAUCGCCUAUGCAGUACGUUGACGGUCUUGGUCGGCCCUGCAACACAGAUAUCGUCAACUUGGACGAGGGCGCUUGGUUGCCGGCUGCCGAUCUCUACUCGGAGCCGGCCAAGCCACCUGUCACCUUUGACGACGCUUCUCCCACCCGGGCACGGUCGCUUCUAGAGCUAGCCCUCGAAUCGUGCAGUCAGGCGUCGACCAGCACUUCCACGGACCUGCGCUCGCUCAUGCCUGACAGGUCGCCGGCCCAUCUUCUGGCAUUGCUGGAUCGUGUCGAUCAGCUUCGUGACGCGGGUCCCCAGCGCUGCGCCCGACCAGCCUGCGCUAAACGCCAGAGCAUGGUCAUUCCUCGUGUCCAGUGGCUGGACUGGUGGGUUUUGGGCAAAUACCAUAUUCACAAGACUGACAAAGAAACAGGUCAGCUCGUUAGUGAGCCCGAUGGUGCCGAAGUCCAAGGCACCGAUUGGUCUAUAAGCCUGGCCGCGUCUGCUAGAACACUCGUUCCGUUCAUGUCCAAGGGGUGUUCGUGGCGCUGUGUACCCGAGGUCCCUGAGAAGACCAAGCCGACGCCCGAAUGUACUAACAUAAUGAUUGUUCACCGAAGCUGA